AUGUCUGAAACACAGCGUUUGUUGGCAGAACCAGUGCCCGGUAUAAAAGCAGAGCCGGAUGAAGGGAACGCUCGCUACUUCCACGUGGUCAUCGCCGGACCUCAAGACUCCCCGUUUGAGGGUGGAACAUUUAAACUUGAACUAUUUCUUCCUGAAGAAUAUCCCAUGGCAGCUCCGAAAGUACGAUUCAUGACCAAAAUAUAUCACCCCAAUGUAGACAAGCUGGGAAGAAUAUGUCUAGAUAUUUUGAAAGAUAAGUGGUCUCCAGCCUUGCAGAUUCGCACAGUGCUGCUAUCAAUCCAGGCAUUACUAAGUGCUCCCAACCCUGAUGAUCCUCUAGCAAAUGAUGUCGCAGAGCAGUGGAAGACUAAUGAAGCUCAAGCCAUAGAGACAGCCCGGACAUGGACCAGGCUUUACGCCGGAAACAAUAUCGAAGUCUAG